AUGGCCCAAUCUUUUAUGAUGUCAAACUGCCUUCAGCCGAACUGUUGUUGUUGUCCAGUGCCAUACCUAGUGCCGAUACCGUGCCUUGUACCAGUUCCAGAAAAGAAAGUGGAAACCACAGCGGCACCUCAACCUCAAUUCUGCUGCUGUUUCCUUACUAAUCCAGGCCAGGGAGCAGCCACAACAGCAGCUCCUCCGAUCGGAGUCCCGGAUAUCAUCCUUGGCGCUUGUGAGCUCCAGGUGGAAGAUGAAGCUGCUCAAUAG